AUGAAUUAUUGUUGGCCACUCGGUACUGAUACUAGUGGAGGUUCAAGGCCAUUAAAACUUAUGUUAGAAUCCAAAUCCGAAUCGUCUAUAAUCAGAUUGAAGGAAAAUCACAUCAAUCUGAUUUUAUUAAGAAUAUGCGACAAUCUUGAUAAAAUCUUAGAUUCUCUGAAUGAAUAUGAAUUAAAACAACUAUACACAGAAAUAGGACCAGUUCCUACCACUGCCAAUGAGUUUUUUAACUUUUUCUCUUCAUUUAUCCCAUCGAUCUCUGAUCACGAUAGAGCAACACUAUUGAUUGAUAAGUUGAAAAAAUAUUGUAAUAAAGAGCCACAAUUUGAUCACUUGGACCACAUCAGAAAGGACUGGGAGUAUAUAACUAGGAUAACAAAUUCAACCAAACUUGAAUCGUAUUUACCUUUGGUAAAACUAGAAGGUAAGAAUUUAGAGCCGUUCCUGAGUCAGUUAGAAAGGACGAAUAGCCUUUUUAAUGGACAGGAAACUGAUUUAAAAUUCCACUUCCCCUCCUCUGGUCCAGUUAGAUUAAAAAACUUUGUAAAAAUCCAUCAAGUUGGACAAGGCGCCUAUGGAGAUGUGUGGUUAGCAGAAGAUAUCGUAAACAAAAAACCAGUUGCCUUAAAGAAGCUGAAGCUGAAUGAGGAGAGGGAGGGAUUUCCGAAAAAUGCAAUUCGUGAGAUUUUGUUGCUGAACUCAUUAAGACACAAAAACAUUGUGAAUUUGCUGGGUAUUUGUUAUUCUAAGGCUUCUAACACCUCAAUGUUAUCUGAAGGUUUGAACAGUAGUAGAGAAGAAGUAAACGAAGACGAGUACAGACCUAAAUUCAACCCCAAGAAUACAGAUAAAUCAAAAUCAGGGUAUGGGUACAAUCAAAGUUAUAGCGGUAGGAGUAAUUAUGAGAAAGGAAGGGACUUUCAUAGGUAUCACAAGGACGUUAGGAACAAAACAAUUAAUGUUGACCAGAACAAGAAUGACGAGGAUAAUCAAAAGAACAAGAACAAAGAUAAGGAUAAGAAAAGUGAUAAAGAAAACGUAUGGAUGGUUUUCGAGUACCUGCCCUUUGAUUUAAGCGGGUAUAUCGAGGCACUUAAAGACCCACGUGAGAAAUAUGAUAAACUCACCAGGCCCUCAGUUUGGUUGAGCAUUGGGGAAAUAAAGACGAUAAUGCGUCAACUGUUUCGAGCUUUAAAUUAUUGUCACAACAACAACGUUCUCCACAGAGAUUUAAAAACUGCAAAUCUCCUCAUGGAUCAAGAUGGAGUGAUAAAACUGGCUGAUUUCGGUCUAGCCAGAUUCUUGCCUCAUGGAAGGGGCCUUUUAACUAAUAGGGUUGUUACUCUAUGGUAUAGAUCCCCUGAACUUCUACUCGGAAGUGAAAGUUAUGAUUUUUCAGUUGAUUUAUGGAGCGCCGGGUGCAUAAUGAGUGAGUUGGUUUCAGGAACACACAUUUUCGCAGCCGAUAAGGAGUUUCUUAUUUUAAAAUUGAUUUGUGAAUACUUGGGGUUACCUGACGAGGCAGAUUUGAAAUAUUUGCGCACACUUCCCCUUUGGAACGAUAAAAAUUCAAACCCUUUGCAUCCUGAAAGGAUUGGCUCGAUUAUUACUCGUCACAGGGAAUUUGAAAAGAUUUUUACUAAGGUUAAUCAGCUUGGAAAAGACGGUUGGGAUCUGCUUAAAACUCUCUUUUCCUGGUCUCCUUCGACCAGAAUCACUGCUAAACAGGCUCUUCUUCACCCCUGGUUUUCAAACGAGCCUCUUCCAAAAUUGUUGACAAACCGUCAUAACAUCAAGGCAGCCCACAACUUCAUGACUAAGAAUCAACGUAAGCGUGAAAAUGCCAAGCCAUCUCAGAAAAGGUACGAAUAUGUAAAAUACGCAAACACUGGUGAUAUAAGAAAGGUUUUAAAGAAACAGCUCUCUUUAUCUUUGUAA